CAAAGCCGUCACGGCUCAUCCCACACCCAUUCACGGCACACCCGUUCCGUUAAACAACCUCGUCCUCUCUCUCUCUCUCACUCCGCCCCAACGUUCCAACCCGCCUCCUCUAACGUCGUCGUUCCGCCAAACCCCGCUAACCCUAACGUCCUUCCCUCUAAUGGCUUCCUGUGACGACGACUUCUCCAUUCUCGGUGACGAGUCAAACACUACCCACCACAGCCACCUCCCCCACGCGCCCUCCUCCCACCAGCUCCACCAGCCAUACGCGCCUCCUCACCGCUUCGCGACGCGAACGACCCCGGUCCACGCGCCACCUGCGCAGCCCAUACUCAGCGACGAGGUCAACGCCGUAGAAGACCAGGCCGAGGCCGGAGACGACUACGACGAUGCAUCCGCAGCCGCGUUCUGCUCGAAUCCGUUCGAGAGCGGGACCGAUCAGAACGACGUCGUUGCUGGCGCCAGCGAGAAGAGGAAGGACCACUCCGAUGAGCUCAGCGAUGGCGGCGGAGGAGGAUCAGGAUCAGCUCCGUACAGUUACAAGAGAUCGAAACCCUCCUCGGCGGCUGCGAUCGGGGAGUACAGGAAGGACCGAGAGGAGUGGAGCGACUCGGCGAUCUCGUGCCUUCUCGACGCGUACACGGACAAGUUCACUCAGCUGAAUCGGGGAAAUCUGAGGGGCAGAGAUUGGGAGGAGGUGGCGGCGAUUGUGAGCGGGAGGUGCGAUAGGCAGAGGAAGAGCGUCGAUCAGUGCAAGAACAAAGUCGACAACUUGAAGAAGAGGUACAAGCUUGAGAGGCAGAGGAUGAACAACGGCGGCGUUUCGGCGAGUCACUGGCCUUGGUUCAAGAAGAUGGAGAAUAUCGUCGGCAAUUCAUUGCCUGGAAAGGCCGUUUCCGACGAGGAUAAAGGCGUUUCUUCUCCCGGUACCACGCCGCGGCAAUCGAAGAGCAGAAAUGCAAUGGCCAUAAUAAGUCCUGUAAGUCAGAUGAACAAGGUCAAAUCAGCUCCGAGUAUCAAAUGGCGGAGAGUGGUCUUCAAAAUCAGUGGUGCUGCUCUUGCUGGCGCUGCUCCAAACAAUGUUGACUCAAAGUUGGCAAUGCUGAUUGCAAGAGAAGUUGCAUUGGCUUGUCACAAUGGGGUGGAGGUGGCCAUUGUUGUUGGCGGUCGCAACUUUUUUUGUGGAGAUGCAUGGGUGACUGCAACAGGGUUAGAUAGAAGUACUGCAUACCAGAUUGGAAUGAUGGCCACUGUAAUGAAUUCUGUAUUGCUCCAGUCAGCACUGGAGAAGAUGGGAGUCCAGACUCGUGUUCAAACUGCAUUUUUGAUGCAGGAGGUUGCUGAACCAUACAGUAGGCAGCGGGCCAUCCGCCAUCUUGAAAAAGGCAGAGUUGUAAUAUUUGCUGGAAUUGGCGCUGGCACUGGAAAUCCUCUCUUUUCCACCGACACAGCAGCAGCACUUCGAGCUUUGGAGAUUCAUGCAGAGGCAGUACUCAAGGGUACCAAUGUAGAUGGUGUCUAUGACUGCAACUCUCAAGACAAUAAUUUUACAUUCGAGCACAUUUCUUUUAGGGAUGUGGUCACCAGAGGGGCCACCUCAAUGGACUCGAUGGCACUGACCUUCUGCGAAGAAAACAGGAUUCCUGUUGUGGUCUUUAAUCUUUUAGAGCCUGGAAAUAUUUCGAAAGCACUAUGUGGAGAACAAGUUGGUACCCUGAUAGAUCAAGCUGGAAGGAUUAGCUAAUAUUUAUGAAACUCUCAGCUGUUGUAUUACUAGGUCUGGCAACCUCAAGUAGCUGUCAACUUAUCUUCAACAGACCCCUUAUAGAGAUGUUGGUGGGUUCUACAGCUGCCGGCCACUCGUUGAGACUUGGCUGCAAAUCCUUGGCAUAUAUAAUUUGCCACCUGAUACCUUAAGGUAGAGUAAAGAUUCUAACUUUUAUGACGCUAGUGGUUGGUGCUUCAUAGAAUUAACUAUAUUUUUUAAGUUCUGCAUCCUAAGGUGGUGCCGGAGUCGUUCGUAUCCUCUUGUAAAUGGUAUCUACUUGGAGAAAGAUUGUUAAUGUAGAUGACAAUAACAAUUUAACUGGUCAGUUUGUAUUGAUAGAGGUGUGAAUAGCAAAGUAUGGUUCAAAGUCAUGACAUUUCUAUGUGGAAAUAUUUAUCUUUUAAAUGCAAUCUGGGAUCUCCUA